CGGGUCGGACGGGUGUGAGUGGGAUCCGGCGGCGAGCGGGGCGCUCAGCCCGCCGAGGCUCUCCUGUCCGCGGCCGCCGUCGGUGUCGGGCGCUCGUGCAGUGGGCGAGGUGCGGCGGGAGGACGGAGCGGGACCCUCUAGGUCCCCGAGCAAGACAAGGGCUCAUCAGCCAGCAUGUCAGCCUGGGACGCGGCCUCUCGGGGAGGAGCGCAGGCCAGGACCUCGUUCUGACGAGGGAGGACUCCGGAAGAGGGCCCGGGUGUGACUGGAGAGCACCCCAGAACAGGACCUGGGCUCACCAGGGAGGGUGGCAGAAGGAUCUGAGGCAAAGACCCGCGUCAGACCGACAGGGAUCCAGGUGGAGUAGGGAGGAUCGAUGAGUGGGAUCUUCUUGGAGGAAUGGCCCCUUAGAAGUGGAGUCUGCUGAAUUCAGCUGUGGGGAUCUGCCUGAACCUGCUGCUGAAGUCAGACCUUCCCAAGGCAGCAGUGCAAGGUUAUAAAGCAAGCCCCCUUAGAACAGUCUCAUCUGUCUGUCAUGGAAAAACGUGAGGCUUUCGUCCAAGCAGUAUCUAAGGAGCUGGUUGAAGAGUUUCUGCGGUUUGUUCGACUUGAUAAAAAUUCUUCUGAUCCUUUUAGCUUAAGUGAGUUACUAGAUGAAUUAUCAAGGAAACAGAAAGAAGAAUUAUGGCAAAGGCUGAAGGAUUUACUCACAGAAACGUUGUUGGAGAGUCCUGUGGAUGGGUGGCAGACAGUAGAAGUCCUGGGUGAAACUGAAAUGGAGUCAGAGCACAGUCCAAAGAUGAAAAAGAGCACAGAGAUAACAUACGCAGUUGCAACUGUAACUCUCGCUUCUGUCUCUGUAAUAAGUGAACAUGAGGACUAUGGGGCCCUCCUGGAGUGUGCUGUUAUAUUGAACGGCAUUUUAUAUGCAUUACCUGAAUCUGAACAGAAACUCCAGAACUCUAUUCAGGAUCUGUGUGUCAGAUGGUGGGAAAAGGGCCUGCCCGCCAAGGAGGACAUGGGAAAGACUGCGUUUAUCAUGCUGCUAAAGAGAAGUCUGGAGACAAAAACAGGUGCGGAUGUGUGUCGGUUAUGGCGCAUCCAUCAGGCUUUAUACUGCUUUGAUUAUGAUUUGGAGGAAAAUAGAGGAAUUAAAGACAUGCUACUUGAGUGCUUCAUAAAUGUUAAUUACAUUAAGAAGGAAGAGGGAAGAAGAUUUCUUAGUUUUCUCUUCAGUUGGAAUACAGACUUUAUUAAAAUGAUCCAUGAAACCAUUAAAAAUCAGUUAUCUGGAUUACAAAGGUCUUUGAUGGUACACAUUGCAGAAAUUUAUUUCAGAGCUUGGAAAAAGGCUUCAGGGAAAAUGUUGGAGGCCAUUGAAAAUGACUGCAUCCAGGACUUCAUGUUCCAUGGCAUCCACCUUCCACGGAAGUCUCCAGUGCACUCCAAAGUACGAGAGGUGCUGAGUUACUUUCACCAACAGAGAGUGCGUCAGGGAGUGGAAGAGAUGCUGUGUAGGUUGUACAAGCCCAUCCUGUGGCGAGGACUGAAGGCCAGAAAUUCUGAAGUUCGAUCAAAUGCUGCAUUGCUGUUUGUUGAAGCAUUUCCUAUCAGAGAUCCAAACUUCACUGCCAUUGAAAUGGACAGUGAAAUUCAGAAGCAGUUUGAAGAACUAUAUAGCCUUUUAGAAGAUCCUUACCCACAGGUCCGUUCCACAGGCAUCCUUGGUGUUUGUAAAAUAACUUCUAAGUACUGGGAAAUGAUGCCCCCCACCAUUCUUGUUGACCUCUUGAAGAAAGUCACAGGGGAGCUGGUAUUUGAUGCAAGCUCAGCUGAUGUUCGUUGUUCUGUUUUUAAGUGUUUGCCGAUUAUUUUGGAUAAUAAACUGAGCCACCCAUUAUUAGAACAGCUUUUGCCACCACUCAGGUAUAGUCUCCACGAUAAUUCAGAGAAAGUGAGGGUGGCUUUUGUUGAUUUGUUGCUGAAAAUCAAAGCUGUGAGAGCUGCAAAGUUUUGGAAAAUAUGCCCCAUGGAGGACAUUUUGGUUCGCCUGGAAAUGGAUUCUCGGCCUGUGUCUCGGCGCCUGGUGAACCUCAUCUUCAAUUCUUUUCUGCCUGUGAACCAGCCGGAGGAGGUGUGGUGUGAGCGCUGUGUCACACUGAUCCAGAUGAAUCGUGCAGCUGCCAGGAAGUUCUAUCAAUAUGCCCAUGAGCAUACUGCCAGCGCCAACAUAGCCAAGCUCAUCCACGUCAUCCGUCACUGCUUGAAUGCCUGUAUCCAGAGGACUCUGAGAGAGGAACCCGAGGACCACAAGGAGUGCGAGAAGGAAAACGUCAGCGUACUCGACAACACCUUGUCAGUGAAUGACACCGCGUCCAUGGCAGGGUUACUGGAAAUCAUUGUGAUCCUCUGGAGGAGCAUCCAUAGGAGUUUGGAGAACAACAAAGAAGCCAGAGCUUACACCAUCAGUAAGUUUGCAUCUGUGCUUCCGGAGUACCUGAAGGUGUUCAAGGAUGAGCGCUGCAAGAUUCCUUUGUUUAUGCUAAUGUCCUUCUUGCCAGCCUCUGCUGUCCCUGUGUUCAGCUGUGGUGUGAUUUCUGUCCUGAGAAAUCAGGAGGAGAGUGUUACAGGCAGGAGCUACUGUACCUUGUUGGACUGUCUGUGUUCCUGGGGCCACGUGGGCCAUGUCUUGGAGCUCAUUGUGGACUGGCUGCCUCCAGGGCCACUGCAGGCCAAGAGUAAUUUGGCCUCUAAACGUAAAGUGCAAAUCAGUGAUGUGUGCCCAGUGAAGCCCGAGUUAGCACUGUUGUACAUGGAGUACUUGCUGACCCAUCCAAAGAACCGGGAGUGUCUGCUCUCUGAGUCCAAGAAGAAGCUUAACCAGCUUUUAAAGGCACUUGAGAGAUCCAAGGCAGAUCUGGAAUCAUUUCUUCAGUCUCCAAGUGGGAAUCCCCACAACUUCAGUAAAGCAGCUGCCCUGCAUGCCUUUGGUCUUUACUGUAGGCUGAGCGUCCAUCUUCAGUACAAGUUCUGCUCAGAAGAGAAAAUUCAUCUGUCCAUCUUGAAUGACACUGGGUCUUGGUUAGAAAAUAAAGUUUUACCUCUUCUUCAAGAUCAAGAAGAGGAGUAUCUGAAGCUUCGGAGGGAUGUCUAUCAACAGAUCGUCCAGACUUACCUGGCUGUGUGUAAAGAUGUUGUCAUGGUGGGCCUUGGAGAUCCUAAAUUUCAGAUUCAGCUUUUACAGAGGAGUCUUGGAAUAAUGAAAACAGUGAAGGGAUUUUUUUACGUUUCAUUACUUCUUGGCAUUCUGAAGGAGAUAACUGGAAGCUCCAUGAUUCACAGAAUAGAUUCAGAUGAAGAAGUCACAGUACUUUUUGACCUAGUCCAGGAAGUGUUUCAGAAGAUGUUGGAAUGUGUUGCCGGGACCUUCAGGAAGCAGUCAGAAGAAAGUCUGCCGCUCUUUCAUUCUAUUCAGACCCCCCUUCAUGAAUUUAUCAGCACUGUCCAGUCCUGGCACAAGGACACUGCAGUCCACCAUGCUGUGCUCUCUACUCUGAUCGCUGCACCUGUGGUCGAGAUAAGUCACCAGCUGCGGAAGGUUUCUGAUACAGAGGAGCUAACCACACCACAAUGUCUGGCUGACCUUCCUCCACUUUCAAGGUGUUUGGUGGGAGUAAUAAUGAAGUCUUCGGAUGUCGUCAGGUCGUUUUUGGAUGAACUAAAGGCAUGUGUAACUUCUGAUGAUAUUGAAGGCAUUGUGUGCCUCACAGCUGUUCUGCAUAUUAUUUUGGUUGUUAACAAAGGUAAACAUAUAAGUGCAAAGGUAAAGGAGGCAGUAGCAACCGUGAACAGAAAGCUAAAGACGUUUAUGGAGAUCACUUUGGAAGAGGAUAGCCUUGAGAGGUUCCUGUAUGAAUCGUCAAUGAGAACGUUGGGAGAAUUUCUGAAUUCAUGACAAAACCACAAUCUCUGGGGGUGUAGAAACAGAAAGACUCUCGGAAAUGAAAUGUGUGUAUCUUCCUUGCCUUUUUAAAAGAUUUUGUCAGACGAAGCCUGGAGGCCUGAGUCUGCUAGGAACACAGCCAGGUCAGUAGGUCAGUAGCUACCCAGAGAUGGAGCCCAGUACAGCCAUGGUGCUCCACCAUCCAGUACAGCCAUGGUGCUCCACCAUCCAGUACAGCCAUGGUGCUCCACCAUACACACUGUGCCUUUAAUCGACUCGCAGAGACAAAGAGGGGGAGAAGACCGGCAGGCAGCACAGCGUUCUCCCCCAGGGGCCUGGGCAAAGCUUAUGGAAACUGUGGCAUGGGGCAGCUCUUGAGUCCAUUGGCCUAUGACUUACCCAUUAUUUAUUAUUUGUGAUGAAAUUCUCACUGGAACAGAUUUCUCUUUGGCUUUUCAGCAGGGCUGUCGUUAGCCCACACAGGACCUUUGUUCAAAUGAUGAAAGAAUCCCUUCGUCAAGAUGUUUUGCUGCCAUCUGCUGUGCAGUUUGUAACAAAUAUACACAGUAUAGAGCACUGACAUGAAGUGUCUACUUACUGUAUUUCACAGAGCUCAACUCAGCUUUACAUCUGAGCUGUAAGUUUUUACCUACUCUAAAGGCAGCAGCCUCCUUCCAUAAAAAGUCUUUAUCAGAUCAGAGAAGACUCCUUGUUUGAGUGUUGAUGUGUGCCAUGCACAGUCAUGGAUGGAGCAGGAAUUAGGGAAAAGCCUAUUAAAGUGGAAUUGCGGAGGACCUGGGCUAGGAGUUCGUUGUGAGUGAUUGUCGGGUCUCAAGGCCGCCGCAGAGUGUUGCUCAGUGGAUUCACGUGCCCAAUUGUCCCUGUUUUCUCUCUACAGGUCUGUGGCAGGGGCACAGGCCUUUUCCUACAUUGGUGAUUAUAGGCGAGUAAGCAGAGAACUCAAGAGCUAAAUAACGGGUAACGAUAUAAAAGAGGAAAAGGAUCUGGUUUAAAAGUGACAUGAUGUGAACCACACAUAGGCAAUGACAACAAGUUUGUGUACUUCAUUUAACAUUUAGCAAGUGGUCCUCUGUGCACAUGUGGAGAAGCCAUGGCGCCAAUACCGUGGUAGAAGGCUCUUUGGAGCCUCACAGCAGGACUAGGCUUCGAAAGCCUCUUUUACCCCCUCAGCAGCCUUCCUUCCCUCAGCAAAGACUGGCAAGUGGGCUUCAGUGGCCUGAACUCAGGGUAGAGAGCUUGGGGAUGAGUGCAUUGGGGAUGGGAGAUGUACGCAGGAGGUGGUACAGAUAUAAAGUAGCCAGGUAGAGGAGAAUUUGACAUCACACGGGAUUAGACAGUUAGAAUUGAACCAGUUUGUCUUCCAGACAGCUAUAAUGACAAAUUGAACAAGGAUUUGCAGGAAGUUGGCAAACUAACAGAACUUGCCUGUUUGAAUGAAAUAGCUGUUGUAGUGUGCUGUUUGGAGGAUCAUUUGCAGAAUGAGAAGACUUUGCAUGAUGACUAGCAUGUCUGCAACUUACUGAAGACCAGGAUUAGGAACUAAAAUGUUAGUGAUGCUUUUGACAACAUGAGCAGAUCAACAGUGAAGGAAAGAUUUUACAGGAAGUUGGCUUUGAGAUUAUUGAGACAAGAACAACCACUACAAGAAGACAGAGCCUUCGGUCCUCACGUGCUUCAGAAAAAAAUGUCUCUUCUGGACAGAACGCAGAUACACAAAACACCUCAUUACAGUUUUUUUGCACUUGCUUCUGGCCAAAUAAAUGAGAAGCCAUUGAUUACCCUCCACCUCUUGGGACUUUUAAAAAUAAUCAUGUUUGGAUUGUUUUAGUUCUCUUAUUUUUGUGAGGUGGUUCUGUUGAAGAAAGAAGGAAGACAUAGUGAAGAUGUCUGGUCCCUGAAAGUUAGCUGUCAGAUGAUUUCAAAAUUAUAGCUGGGGCUAGAGAGAUGGGUCAGAGGUUAAGAGCACUGGCUGCUCUUCCAGAGGUCCUGAGUUCAAUUCCCAGCAACCACUUGAUGGCUCACAACCAUCUAUAAUGAGAUCUAGUGCCCUCUUCUGUCCAGCAAGCAUAUGUGCAGGCAGAACAUUGUAUAAAUAAUAAAUCUUAAAAAAAAUGAUAGCUGAUUUCUUAAAAUGUUCUGCUUUUACAUUGAUGGGUGGGACCUACAAUACUGUACAUUUUAAAAGAGAAAAGGAACAUCAGUAAUAUCUUGCUUAAUUUAUAGAGCAGUUUAGUGUAUUCGUGGUACUUUGAGGUUUUUAAGGAUUGUUGAAUGCUGAUCCCUUGACAUUGACUUUACCUUCAGUCUGAAUACUCUCAGGAGUUGAGUUGCACUAUUGUUACCCUUGUAAGAAGUAAUAAGAUUAGGUUUUAAAAGCAUUUUAUUUCUGUGUACUUGCUUAUGGAUGGCACAGUUCAGAUAGGUAGUGUUAUUCCUUGGUCAGGCUAUUUCAGUUAAAUAUUAAGAAUGGGUUGGCAUUUACAGGCUUAUUUUUCUUGCUAUUAAUCUUGUUGCUAGAGACAUGUAAAGAGUGUGGGCUGGUAAGAUUAACUUUUAAAAAUAUUCCCCCUAAAGACAUGGCUUUAACUACCUAAGAAAUUGGUUAUUCAUUUCUUUUUUUUUUUUCAGUACAUUAAAUAAUAAUGUAGCUUUAAAAAUGGAGUUAUGUCCAUAUAGGCCAAUACACUCUAAACAAACCUGACAUAGGUGUUUUCUCUUAGGCAUAAGAAAAAUACAUUAAAAAAAGGAAAAAAAAAAAAACACCAAAAACCAAGAACAACAACAACAAAGUGUAGAUGGACUUGUGGCAUGCUAACUGUGGUUAAUGUCAGCUAAUACAGAUUGUUAAACUUGUGGCCACUAAGCAUGUGACAGUAUAUGGAAAUCUCUAGACACUGCUCUUGAAAAACAAGCUCACUAAUGCAUUCGCUUAUUUGUUGGAGAAUAUCCUAGAUUUGAUUACAUUCUGAGCCUAUAAUACUUAGAUUAAAGAUUUGGAAUGAAUGGAAUUAUUCAGCCAAUGUUCCCUCUGUUCUUAGAAAGAUAGAAGCGUAAAUGUUAGCGCAAAUAUUUCUGCGACCUCCUACUGACAGGUCUGGUUUAUGCCAGAUCAUUUUCAGGCACUUACGUGGGAUCUCUGACAGGUUGUUAACUUUGUAAUGUGUGAGACAUGUGAAAUGCUCAUAUUUUCUCAUAUUGUCCCAUCGCCAAUACGUACAUAUUGUUAGAUUGUCAGAAGUCAUCAAUAGCUCAAGAAAUAUUUGUCUUAGACUUUAAAGCAGUACAGAGGGUAUAGGUUUUUUUUUUCCCCUCAUUGGACUUUUAAGUGAAAUUUGAUUUUUUUCAUGUAAAAUUGUAUAAAAAUCUUGUUGAAAAUAGGUUAAAUGGCAAAGUUAUUUAUAAGAGUUUUGUGAAUACUUUAUAACAUUUGAAUUUUUAUUUGAAAUUGGAAAAGUACAAAAUAAAGUGGACUUCAACAAUCCUGAGUGCCAAGAAUAAUAUUUAAAAGCAACAUGGUUGGUGAAUGCAUUUAUAGAAUUUAAUACUGAUAUAAAAAUGGUAUAAAGUAUGUCUUUAGGAGUAAUUUUUUGCUAUAUUCCUGUAGCAGAGCAAUAGGUUUUCUUCUUGGCCCAUGACUUACCUAGUCUUGCUUUCUUGGCCACUUUAACAGUGUCGGCCACAGGUUCCAUUUCAUAGAGUGGCCUUACAUCCAGCCAAAAGGUAAGGUUGGUUAUCCCCAUAGCAUUUGUGCCACUAUUACACCAGCCUGUCUGCGGUCAGGUCGUUGUUGUAGGUCACAAAGUUUGUAGUGGUGUGAUAUAGAUGAUUGUCUUUCUCCUCUGGUUGUGUGCAUAGUGCCUUCCAGAACCAUAUGUGCUAGUCAGUAGGGGUGGAGCUUCUGCUCGACUUGUCUGUGUUCAAUGAUAUGUUGUCUUUAUCAAUAGGGCUGUAUCGUAAGGUUGUAGAGAACAGCGAGUGGUGUUGGAAUCAUGGGAUACCUUUGGCCAAGUACUCAAUAAAAUGUAACCCGUUCCCAGCACUGUUCGUUUUAACUUGCUAAUACAAGAUUUCUAGUUGGCUCAUUGUCUCCACAUUAUAUGGUUAAUUCCAUUUAACUUUCUUUUCUGUGUCUGUAUAUAUUUACAGUAGUAGAUUUACAUAUAAUUUUUAAAAAUGUCUUUGAUGCUAGUUUUUCCUCCUUGUAUUUCUUCCUUUACUUUUGUUUCUCAUUCCUCCCUUACUUAAUCCUCGUAUUCUAGUUUCCCCCUUUUUCUCUCCAUAAAACUAUUCAACUUUCUUCCUUGGGAGAGUCUCUCCUUCCCCUAGUCUUUUUGGAUAAAGCAGCACACAUCCUACAGAAUGGGGAAAAAGUCUUCAUUAAGUAUACACCUGAUGGAAGAUUAAUAUGUAGAGCAUAUAAAGAACUAAGAAAACCGAACAUCAAGAAAGCAACCCAAUUAAAAAUGAGAUACAUAGGACGUUGGAGAGAUGGCUCAGGUUAAGAGCACUGGCUGCUCUUCCAAAGGUCCUGAGUUCAGUUCUCAGCAACCACCUGAUGGCUCACGACCAUCCAUAUUGAGAUCUGGUGCCCUCUUCUGGUGUGCAGGCAUACAUGUAGUCAGAAUACUAUACAUAGUAAAUAAAUGUUUUUUUUUUUUUUUAAAUGAGAUAUAGAACUAAGCAGGAAGCUCUCAAAAGAUAGAACACAGAUAUCUGAGAAGCAGUUAAAGAAAUGUCCAACAUUCUUAGCCAUCAGGGAAAUUCAAAUUAAAACUGCUUUGAGAUAGCAUCUUACACCUAUCAGAAUGGCCAAGAACAAUAAAACAAAUGACAGCUCAUGCUGGAUGUGGAGUAAGGGGAGCACUCCUCCACUGCUGGUGGGAGUGCAGACUUGUACAGCCAUGUCUUCAAGUGUGCACUAGUGUGUUUGUUCCUUGGGAAGCUAGAAAUACAUCUUACAAGAUCCAGAUAUACCUCUUUUGAGCAUAUACCCAAAGGUUCUAUAUCCUACCACAGAGAUAACUUGUUUAUCCAUGUUCAUUCCUGCUUCAUUCAUAAUACCCAGAAAUUGCAACAGCCUAGAUGUUCAUCAGCUGAUGAACAUAUGAUACAUUUAUGUAAUGGAGUAUUAGUCACCUGUUAAGAAAAAGGAAAUUGUGAAAUUUGCAUCCUGCUGGCCGCGUGCUGCUUCAAGGCAUGGUUUCUGUUGCACCCUGCUGGGUGUGGAACAGUGACUCACAUGACUGUGGUUUACACUGCCCAAGGCAUGUUGCUGGGUAUGGGUGUGGGGUUCAUGGAUUUGGCUUACAUUACCAUAUACAGCCUUCUGGGUGUGGGUGGUGACUGCGGCGCCUUGGCUUUGCACUGCCUCAUGUUUGCUGGUGCACCUCACCAUUCCUGGCUCUUGGCAGGGGAGAUGGCUUCUCUGAGCUCAUCGGUUUUCUCACACAAUGGCACUUUAUGUCUUGCUGCAUUUUCUGACUUCUUCACAUGCUGGGUUGGGUCUAGCCCUCCUUUGUUUGUGUUCCUUGGUGCCCCCUUGCCUAUUCUUGCUCUGGGAGUUUUGAACUUGUGAGCCUCCUGCUGCUCCCUGGCUCCCACCUUCCAGAACUACAUGGCCCUGGUCUCUGUCUCUGACUGCACGUGAGAACCUGCCGUCUAAGUUGUAAGAACAACCGCUGACAGACAGAUUGAUACUGAACAUGUUUUGACAGACAAGUGGAUAGGUGGAUGGAUGGCUACUCAAGUAGAUUGCAUCAUCAGUGAGGACUGAGCCAAGCCCCUGGGACACUCAGGUGCUGACUGUCAGCCCCUGCUAUACAUAUUAGGUGGUCAUAGAUAAGCUUGCCGGGACUGCUGCGUCCAUCCCAGCGCCAGCUGUUCUCUGUGUGGUCCAGGUGAGGAUGUCAGACUCUUUCCUUUGUCAGGUGUUCAGGAAGUUCUGAGGCUUGAUUUACUGGGUGUGCCUUUAGUGCCCCCAUGGGCUCCCAGUCUACUUUGCUAAGUGGCCUCUGUGGUGUGAAUGAGCAUCGCCCCCAGAGCCUCCUUAGUUAGUGGAACUGUUUGGAGGGGUGUGUCACUGGGGCAGAGUUUGAGGUUUCAAAAGCCCAGUUCCCAGUUAGCUCUCUGCCUCUGAGUUGCAGAUCAAGAUGCGAGCUCUUUGUUUCUGCUAACAUGGCUUUGUUGUGACAGCAUGGAUUCUGACCCUUUGAGACUAUAAUCCCAAUUAAACACUUGGUUUUAGACGUUUCCUUGGCAAUAUUAUUUUGUCACAGCAAUAGAAAAGUAACUGAAAUAGGUAAGAUAAAUUGUCAGUAUGCACCUUCUGGUGGUGUGAUGCCACAUAGAGGUGUGUGUGUGUCUACACCCUGCAUCUGCAGCUACUCUCAAGUUGGAGUCAAAUGUUCCAUGUAAAAUGGAAUCGUGAAAGGUAGGGUGAUCUCAAAACAAAACAAAAAACAUUUCAUGCAACAUGGAAUAAGUUGGAGCAGGGCACACAGCCUGACUGCAGUGUCCUCCCAGCCCUGUGAGGGUCUUGGUACCCCGGCUGCCUGUUUGCUCCAGUGGACUACAUAUUCCCACUUGUCUUACAGUGACUUGGCCAUCCCACACCACUGAAGAUAUCGUGGAAACCUUCAGGUCUGCCGUAGUUCUGACCUUAGAACACAUCCCAGCCUUGUUUUCACUUUUAUUAUUUUGCUUCUGGCAUAUAGUCACCAACUUGUGGGCAUUGUUUUAAAUUUAAAUUGUCUCUUCCUAUAAUUAUGUUUACAUGGUAUCAAAAUCAGAUUUUCAAAACUGGUAUAAGAGUGUAUUCUAAGCAUACCACUUACUCUUAUUAAAAAAUAAGCAAAUGCA